AAUGAUCCAGAACGACGGUCGUACAAAUGUGCAGCAUAUACCAUUUACAUGAAUUUCAUAUAUUAUCUCUUUAAUGUUACAUUGACGUAGAAACCCUUUCAGAUACGAAUGAAAAAAUUAAUCUUACUGGAAAUCGUUCUCCAAUGACAGAUUUCUAGACUAUUGACCGAAAAAACCAUCUUAUACACGUUAUAUACUCAGUCGCUCUAUACAAUUUCACACCUCCCUCGUAUUCCCGUCGUAUAAAUGGAAUAUUCUCAUCUGAUGUAUGUGACCAUCCGUUCUUCAAGAACAGACUUCCUUCCUUCUGCUUCCUUCUAGAAUUUUCGAUCAGCGUCGUAUCUGCCCGACAACAUGCGAUGCACGAAACAUCGCCGCGUAUUUUGCAAGUACAAACUCGUAAUUCGCACUCGCACUUGGACUCGGCCUCUUGCACUUUAUUAUAGUUGUUCGUCUUGCACGUUAUUGUUAAUAUUAAUUCAAUUUCCAUAUUUCUACUUCCAUUUGUGAGCAGUGAGCAGUCUUUUAUUAAAAAUAGACCAGCAGUGAUUUUUUCAAAUGGAAGCCUUCCUAAAAAAAUUAAAUCUAGAAGAAGAAUAUCUACAGAGGUUUCUAGAUGAGGGAAUCGAUCAAGAGUCAGUUAAAUUGCUCGACGCAGACACUUUGAAAAUUUUAAUUCCGAAGAUCGGACCUCGUCUUAAAUUUCAAAGAGCACUCGCUCUUCAUGUAGGAAAUGAAAGUUACACAUCUUCCAGUAUUGAAGGGACUCCAAUAUUUGAAUCAAUAGAAUCUACUGACACUGACUGUGAAACUUAUUCUUUUUCUUUGGGAUCAGAAUUAGAGUCCAUUUUAAAUGAAAAUAUCUCAUUAGAACAAGCACCAUUAAUUGAAUCAUCACUGAGAAAGAAACCCGAAAGUAAAGGAAGUUCACCGGAUCUUCCCAACCGGAAUUUAAAUUUAGAAGGAAUAAAGAGAAAGAGGGAGUUACUUUUUCCCGAAGUAAGUCAUACAUUAGGCUUGAACAGAACAAAAUUUUAA